UGGCGGGCAGGGCCACUGCGCUCGCACGCCCUUCGGCCGGGAGCCCGAGCUCCCUUCCGCUUCCGACGCGCUGUCCGCCAGCCGGUGGAUGUGCGGCAACAACAUGUCCGCCCCGCUGCCCGCCGUCGUGCCCGCCGCCCGCAAGGCCACCGCCGCGGUUAUUUUCCUUCAUGGAUUGGGAGAUACUGGGCAUGGAUGGGCAGAAGCCUUUGCAGGUAUCAGAAGUUCCCACAUCAAAUACAUCUGUCCACAUGCGCCUGUUAUGCCUGUUACAUUAAAUAUGAAUAUGGCUAUGCCUUCUUGGUUUGAUAUUAUUGGACUCUCACCAGAUUCUCAGGAGGAUGAAUCUGGAAUUAAACAGGCGGCAGAAAGUGUAAAAGCUUUGAUAGAUCAAGAGGUGAAGAAUGGCAUUCCCUCUAACAGAAUUAUUUUGGGAGGAUUUUCUCAGGGAGGCGCUCUAUCUUUAUACACCGCUCUUACCACACAGCAGAAACUGGCCGGCGUCACUGCGCUCAGUUGCUGGCUUCCUCUUCGGGCUUCAUUUCCACAGGGUCCUAUCAAUAGCACUAACAGAGAUAUUUCUAUUCUCCAGUGCCAUGGAGACUGUGACCCUUUAGUUCCCCUAAUGUUUGGUUCUCUUACUGUUGAAAAACUAAAAGCACUGGUUAAUCCACAUAAUGUAACCUUCAAAGUCUAUGAAGGCAUGAUGCACAGCUCAUGUCAACAGGAAAUGAUGGAUGUCAAGCAAUUCAUUGAUAAACUCCUACCUCCAAUUGAUUGACGUAACCAAGAGGCCUUGUGUAGACGUUCACCAGCAUCACUGUAGUAGAGUAUAAACCUUUCUCCAUGCCUGAUCAUAAAACUUCUGAUGUUCACAGUGUUAAAAUGUUUUGUAAAUACAUACCAAUGGUCAGUGACAUUUCCCUGAUGGAAAUGUAUGAUUCUUUAAAAAAAAUAAAUAAAAAAUAUAUAUACAUAAAUAUAUAUGUAUUAUACGAUCCAGAAUAUACUAGUAUUAAAGUUGGUUAAGUGAAGCAGCUAGUUUCUUUCUCUCAAAUUAAUUCAACAAAAUAAAAUACCAUGACCAGAGUUUUAUUACAUUGUUUGAAAAUUACUGGUAUGCUCACUGAAAUUUGAUCGGGUCUAAACAAGCUGUUAAGAUUAUCUGUAAGUGACUUGGAAAUGCUGUGAGUUAGACUGUGGUUUUAUCUCUCAGCUGUUUAGUCACCAUGCAGUAUCUGUAUUUUAUAUGCGUGUUCAUAUAUCCGUGACUGCAAUACAUAAGAGUUAGAUGGUAUUGUAUUAUCCUUGAUACCAGGGAUAUUGUUUUUUAAGUGUCAGAAAAGUAAUACUGCUCUCUCCAAUUAAUGGCCCUUUUAUUGGGGAACCAGGCUAUUCUUCUCUUAAUUUUUCUCCUUUCAAGAACUAAGUUAAAUUUUUUUCAUAGAAGAUGAAUAUUGCCACUCUGCCGUAAAAAUCCUGUCAAUAUAUACUAUAAUUUGACAUUCUGAAUCACAGACAUACAAAUUUUUAAUUCUAGGUAAUGUGAAAAGAAACCAAACAUUACUUAAUCUUAAUAUAUUUCAAAGAACUGCACCUCAAUCCCCCUCUAGACUGUAGAAUCUUCAGUCCUGGUAAUAUUCUGGGUUUUAUCUCUCUGUUAAAAAAAAAAAAAACCUUAAAGGAUGAAUAAUAUCUUGGCAUGUUCAGAAAUAACUAUUUAAGACCAGUUUUGAAGUCUAACUUCUAAAACAGUUAUAUCUUAUAGCAGACUUGAAGUUUACAUUUUCUUUACAUAUGUUUGAAACCAAAUACUGUUCAAGGUGAUCAAUCAGAAACUUUUAUUUUUAUCUGGUAACUAAUUUAAAAUUUUCAUCUUAGGUAAAGGCAUCUUUUGAGAGUUAGCUUCCUAUACAAACAUUAAAAUAGCAAUCAUCUGAUCUUAAAUCAACUGUCCAAAAUACUGGUGAAAAUUAUUAAAAUGGCUAAUAAAGACUGGUUAGAACACACACACACACAGUGUAGUACCACACAGUUGAAUAUAUUGCACAAAUUAUGGCCAUUUCUGAACUGUUGCUUUUCCUGCUGUUUAACUAACCAUGACUAUGCUAAGAAGCAUCAUUAUGAACGGGUGCUAAAUGAUAUGUAAAUCAUUUGGUAUGGACUGGAUAGGAUGUUAAUAAUGAAGCCAUAUGCUUAUGUGUAGACUUAAAAUAAUUUCAAACAAUCAUUUACUAUUUUGCUUUACUUUAAAGAAAAGUUAUACCAUUAGUAAAAUUUUAUUUGUGGUAAGAACUAUUCCAUUGAAUUCUUGUGCUAUAAUGUGGGGAAUAUGUCAUGUUUUUCACAGUUUCUAUCAGUGUGAAAUAAAAUUUAAUUCUGGCUUUCUUGGA